AUGGGUAGAAGAUGGAAACAGCGCAAGGUUGAAGCUGUUGCCUGGUGGAGAUUCUACCUUCCGAACGGUGAAAACCAGGAGAACUACUACAUGCAGAAGCUGGUGUUGAAUCUGCCUUUGCGGAAAGAAACGCCUGUCAUUUCUCCAAACAACGUGUCAAAAACGUACAUGGAAGAAUGUGCCAUUCGUAACCUGAUUGAAGAGCAAGACGACGCCAUGACUGCUCUCCAGGAUGCCAGACAAAGAGGGUUCUCACUCGCUCGUCUGCGCAAGAUGGCACAAUCCUUAUGCGACAUGGACUGGAUCGGUGAAGACGAAUUCAAUACGUUCAUUGAUGAGGUAACAACUGCCCAUCGAGCCGAUGCAGUCGAAGAUGAAGAAGAAGUCACUGUUGCUGACUUCAAUCCAGAUCAUGCAGAUCUUGGUAACUUAAGGGUCAACAACAUUCACAUUGAGUCUGUCACUUUUGCAGCAUAUGCAAUUUGGAAGAUAGGCAUUCACCGUUCACAAAGUUCAGAGUAUGACUCUAGAGAAAGCAUACAUAUUGCUGAACAAGAACUUCUUUGCCAGCGGCCAGGCGAGCCAGCGCAGAAGGAGCCAGCGCAGAAGGAGCCAGCGCAGAAGGAGCCAGCGCAGAAGGAGCCAGCGCAGAAGGAGCCAGCGCAGAAGGAGCCAGCGCAGAAGGAGCCAGCGCAGAAGGAGCCAGCGCAGAAGGAGCCAGCGCAGAAGGAGCCAGCGCAGAAGGAACCAGCCAAAAAGUGGCCAGCACAGCAGUCAAUAUCAAGCAGGCAACAUGUGUAG